AUGACUGAGAUGACACCAACAACUCUGUGGCCACAGAACAACCGUACUGGCUGCAAAUUUGAUUCUCAGUCAGGGGCCGUGACAGUCUACAUCAUCAGUCAGUUUAUCUGCCUCUUUGGCCUGCUGGGGAACAGCAUUGUCCUUUGGUUUCUCAGGCUGUUUAUCAGGAAGAACCCCAUCAUCCCUUACAUCUUCAGCUUGGCACUGGCAGACGCUGCCUAUCUCCUCUGCUGCCUGGUGAUUGUCAGCAUGUUCAACGCGGCCCAUUUUAGCAGGUCCCCCUUCCCGCAGGCCUGGUGCCUGCCCAUACUGAUCUUGUUCAAAGUGGAGCUGAGCUCAUACAGCACUGGCCUCUACUUGCUCACAGUUAUCAGCGUGGAGAGGUGCCUCGGCGCCCUUUGCCCUUUCUGGUACCGUUUCCGUCGCCCGGAGUGGGUGUCUAGUGCUGUCUCUAUAGGGCUGUGGUCCUUGGCCAUCCUGCAAUCUGGGCUGAGCAUUUUUUUCUUGUGGGAAAGAUCAGUAAAUAGAAAGAUAGACAAAGCAAUCAAUGCCUUCAACCUCCUAAUUUGCACCCCUGUUAUGAUUCUGUCCAGCUUGACUCUGUUUGCCAAGGUGAAAUGCUGCUCACACCCACAAAACCAACCAGGACACCUCCAUAUGACGAUUUUACUCACUGUCUUCUUCUUUGUCCUUUGUGCUGUUCCCCUCAGUGUAAUGACUUUGUUCAGGGAGUAUGUUAAUGGGUUCCCGGGUAUUUUUUACUUGCUUGCCUCAGUGAACAGUAGCAUCAACCCAGCUAUUUAUUUCUUAGUAGGCUGCCACAGGGAGAGAUGGUUUAGGGAGCCUCUUCUUCUCAUUCUUCAGAGGGCCCUAAAGGAGGAGAAAGAUUCCAAGGUGGAAGAGGAAAGCAUAGAUAAAAAACAAGCGGCCACUCUCAGACAGCCUGGACUGCUCAGUUUGCACAAUACUUAA